ACUGAGACAAUCUAUUCGCUCCUCGAGGAUAGGCGAAAGGGGCUUUAAACGACAGGUCGCUAAGUCGAAAGCUUAUGAAUUUUUUAAGGGAAAAAGAAAAAGGAAAAUCGAAAAGAUCAUGGGCAGACAGUAGAUGGGGUCUAUACAGUCCUCCAAUCUCAUCCAGUUGAACAGCAUCAUGGCCACCAUAAACAAUCCUUCUUCUCUCCACUCUCAAACUCCAAACCCCAAAUCCAUCCUCUUAAAACCCUUAUGCAUCACCUCACCUGUUUAUCCAAGACUCUUCCGCAGAGCCACUACUUCGCUGCCCAAACCUCUACUCUCAAAAUGCAGCAGCAACAGCUCACAGGAUAAGGAAACCAGUUCCAGUAAAAAUUUGAAGGAUGCGUUAUCUGGUAUGGUGGAGAAGCAAGUAGAGGAUCUCUUGAGCAGAGAAGAUAAUAAGGCAUUAUUUGAUGGGUUAGAGAAGGCAUCGCAGAGGGUAGAGAGGGCAAAAAGAGAGCUUGUGGAGAUUGAAAGACAAGAGCUUGAGGCUAAGCAAUUGAGAAUUUAUAUCAAUCAACUUGAAAGCAGAGCUUCCGAGAUUGCAGAAUGUCAGCAGGAGAUCUUAGAGACAAAAUCUAAGGUUGAAGAAGCGGAACAGUUUCUUUCAAUGAGUAAAAAUGGAGACAGAGACGCUAUAGGCGGAGAAGAGGGGAUAGACAUAGAUCAAGAAAGAUGGGAAUCCAUUAAGGCAGCUUGUACAUCUGCACUUGUUGGUACCCUUGCAGGUCUUCCUUUUUUCUUCACUCAGGUGACAGAUACUGCACAACUAAUACUUCCUUUGGCAACCACCUUCAUUAGCUGUGCCUUGUUCGGGGUAACCUUUCGCUAUGCUGUGAGAAGAGACUUGGACAAUUUCCAACUCAAGUCAGGGACCUGUGCAGCUUUUGGAUUUGUCAAAGGUCUUGCUACACUGGCCGGAGGACCACCACUGGAGUUAAAUCCUGGAAGUUUAUUGUCCCAUGCUUUUGAUGGUGGAAUGUGCGUAUCCGAGAAUCUCUUGAUCUUUGCCUUUGCUGCUGUUAGCCUGGAUCUCUGCUUCAAAAUGAGGCUUUUAAGCCCCUUUCCUAUGAAGCAGCAAAGUUCAUGAUGAAUCUCCUCAAGGUAGCUAUGGAUUUCGGAUAUCAUCCUAUGUUGCAAUUGUGACUAACGUGCAUCUUUCUAGAGAUCACUAUGAAAGCAUCAAAUUUUCACAAAAUCCUACUAAGAAAUUUUAGAUGAUAACGUGACCAGCUUCUCUGUCAUGAAAAACUGCAUACUAAAAAAGAGUAAUUUUUUUUCAAGCAUAUAUUACAGUAAUCAAUUCUGCGACGGGUUAAUCACAAAUGUUGCAAGGCAAUGAAAAAUUAUAUAUUGCAACCGAAGCAGAUUUCUAUUGUUUCCUCUGAUCA